CAUGCUCUGGCGGCGGCCCACAGACAAAGGAGAGGAAGACUGGCAACAGGUGUUAGCUCAGGGUGAACCAUCCUCAGCCAAAAAAGAAAAAAUUUCUCCUGAGAAGCCAGUUGAGUUGUUAUUUCUUCAUAGAAUAUUUGUCUUUUUACCCCCCUUCUUGUUGUUUUUAUAGGAUCUUCUCUUUGUGGUAUUCUGCUGUAUCCUCAUGAUGUAUCUAGGUUCAGAUUUAAUCUUUAUCCUGCCUGUUUGACAGUUUGCUUUCUGAAUAUGAGGCUCCGUGUCUUCCAUCGACUCUGGGAGCUCUUCAAGUAUUGCCUCUCCCCUCUCUCUGUGCCUUCCUUUUGGACUGCCUGUUAAACUUGCUCAUUUUGGGACCUCUUUGUUUUAUUCCCCAUGUCUGUUGACGUCUCUUUCACUUUUUCAGUCUUUUUAACUCUGUGCUGCCUUUUGUAAUUUCCUCAUCUCUCUUCCUAACCACUAUGCUCUCUUCAUUUGCAUCUAAUUUGCUAUUUUUCUUUCCAUUUCCAGCAAUUCUAUUUGGUUGAUCUUUCAAUCUUCCUGUCUUUGCGGAUAGCCUCCUGUUUUUGAUUCCCUCUUUUAUGACUUGCAACACUGGAAAGCACUUCAUUACGGUCUCCAGGCCAUCGCACUGACUUCGAUCUCACUGGUGCAGACCUCCUUUGUCAGCCAUAGUGCAGGUUGGCCCUUAUGUGUUGUGUAGUUGGGACUGUAGACUCGGCGUCAGCAGGACUUCAUCUGUGGGACUCCUGUGUGACCUCGGUAGGGAGUCUCUCUCCCCAGAGUAUUUUUGUUUACCUCUGGGAGGUGAACAAGCUUUCCCAGGGCUGUUACCAGGCGGAGACCAUUGUAGGUUAGAUUCUCAGUGAGGGCGGGUUGAUCCCAGACCACUAAGGUGGUGUCCAUUUGAAUCCUGAACUCAAGAGAGGGCAGACCCAAGAUUAUAAAUUCUCUGGGACACAGCCCUUCCUUUCUCCUCUGACAGAGCCCGGGUCUUGUUAUUUCCCUGUGUCAGGGAGGUGCUUUUUGUUAACUGGUUUACUUCUUUCCCUGAAGCUGUAGUUGGGAUUGUUUACUGCUUUGUUACCAAGAGCUGUCCAUGCAUUAUUUCAGGACAGUACUGGGGAGGGGUAUGGUAGGCAUCAUUGCCCCCAUUUUAAAGCUAAGUAAAACCAAGGCUGUUGAUUUAAUGAUUUGUAGAAAAGUUAAUGACUCUCCUAAGAUUAUGCAGGUGGCAAACGGUAAAGAUUUUCUCGGAGCUGCCAUGAGAAACAAAGCAUUUCUUCUGUGUCUUUUUGCCCUGCUGCCACUGGUGGCAUUCUUCAUUAGGGGGAAACUGCUUACCAGUUCAGUAUCAGCCAGAGAGAAGCUGUGUUUUCCUGCAGAUUUAUUCAAAUUCAUCCAUUCAGCAAAUCUGAGCGCCUGCUAUGUUCUAGACUGAUAAUGAUCUCCAGCUGCCAAAGAAGGUCGUGGAUGCCAAGAGAAAGGUAACCAUUUCUCAUCCCCUCGAGUGGAAUUGGGUGCCUCCAGGAGCCCACGUUGGCUGGCAGGAGACAUGGCCGAAUUUACAAGCUACAAAGACACUGCCUCUAGCCGCCACCUGCGGUUCAAGUUACAGAGUUUAAGCCGCCGCCUCGAUGAGCUGGAGGAAGCCACAAAAAACCUCCAGAAAGCGGAGGAUGAGCUCCUGGACCUCCAGGACAAGGUGAUACAGGCCGAAGGCAGCAACUCCAGCAUGUUGGCCGAGAUCGAAGUGCUGCGCCAGCGAGUGCUGAGGAUCGAGGGCAAAGACGAGGAAAUUAAGAGAGCGGAGGAUUUGUGCCAGCUGAUGAAGGAGAAACUUGAAGAGGAGGAAAACCUUACCCGGGAGCUGAAAGCCGAGAUUGAGCAGCUUCAGAAACGAAUGGCUGAACUGGAGAAGCUAGAGGAGGCCUUCAGCAGGAGUAAGAAUGACUGUACCCAACUCUGUUUGAGCCUGAACGAGGAGAGAAACCUGACAAAGAAAAUCUCCUCGGAGCUGGAAAUGCUCAGGGUCAAAGUGAAAGAACUGGAAUCUUCCGAGGACCGCCUGGGUAAAACUGAGCAGAGUUUAGUGUCAGAGUUGGAAAAGCUGAAAUCAUUAACUCUGAGCUUUGUAAGUGAGAGAAAAUACUUGAAUGAGAAGGAGAAAGAAAAUGAGAAACUGAUAAAAGAGCUCACUCAAAAACUGGAACAGAACAAAAAAAUGAACCGAGAUUACACAAGGAAUGCUUCGAAUCUCCUAGACAGGAACGACCUGCGGAUCGAGGACGGCAUCUCCUCCACACUCCCGUCCAAAGAGUCGAGGAGGAAGGGCAGUCUGGACUAUCUAAAGCAAGUGGAGAAUGAAACAAGAAACAAGUCAGAAAACGAGAAGAACCGAAAUCAGGAAGACAAUAAAGUCAAAGACCUUAACCAAGAGAUCGAGAAACUUAAGACACAAAUCAAACACUUUGAAUCUUUGGAAGAAGAGCUUAAGAAAAUGAAGGCCAAAAAUAAUGACCUUCAGGACAAUUACCUAAGUGAACAAAAUAAAAACAAACUCUUAGCCAGCCAGCUGGAGGAGAUAAAGCUACAAAUCAAGAAGCAGAAGGAGCUAGAGAACGGGGAGGUGGAGGGAGAGGAGGCCUUCCUGUCCAGCAAGGGCAGGCACGAGAGGACUAAGUCCAGGGGCCUCGGGAGCGAGGUGCCUGUGUCCAGGCACGCGCCCCGGGAGCUGUCACCCCAGCAGAGGCGGGAAAGGCACCGGAACAGGGAGCUCGCCGUCAACAACGAGAACUACCCGCUGAGCAACAGGCAGGCCUCCUCGCCCAGUCUCACCGCGAGGAGGACCACCAGAGCUUCCAACCCUGGGGCGGGGGCGGACGGCGGGGCCCAGGACAUGAAGAGGGCUGAAGACCGAUUUGCAUCUGGCUCUUCUCAGAGCGAAGGGAAGAAGUGCAGGGAGCAGCCGUCUGUGCUCAGCCGCUACCCGCCCGCGGCUCAGGAGCACAGUAAAGCUUGGAAGGGAACUCCCAAGCCAGGUACUGAGAGUGGGCUGAAGGGAAAGGUAGAGAAGACAACACGAACGUUUAGUGAGACCACUCACGGAUCCGUUCCCAACGACACACUGGGUAGAGCUGACAAGGCUUCGGACGCUUCUGCUGAGGCCCUCUUUGGCAGGCGGGGGCAGGGGCCUGGCAGUGGAAGCCAAGUCACUCAGGCCUCAGACUCUGGCAGUUCUAAGACCAUUGGAGCUCUGGCCUCAUCUCGAAGAUCUUCCUCAGAAGGACUCUCUAAGGGCAGAAAGGCUGCCAGUGGCCUGGAGGCUGAUACCACUUCCGCAAAUGCCAAGGCUGCACUUUUAUCAAAGUAUCCUUAUAGCUCCAGAAGCCAAGAGAACAUCCUUCAGGGCUUUUCAACCCCGAAUAAAGGAGUUGAUCAACCCAUAGCAGUUGUGAUGGAAGACAGCAGUCAGCAUGAGGCCCUGAGGUGUCGAGUCAUCAAAUCCAGUGGCAGAGAGAACCCAGACUCAGAUGACGAUGUGGACGUGGUGUCUCUUGUUACGGCCAAGUUGGUAAACACAACCAUCACUCCGGAGCCAGAGCCCAGACAACAGCUCAACUCGAGAGAAAAAGCCAGAUCCCGCGGGGGACUCAGAGCUGCCCUGUUUGAGAAUGAUAAAGAUGCUGGGGCAGAAAAUGAAUCUGUGAAGCCAGUGAGAGCCUCCACCAAUGCCGUGGAGUUCCCAGAUGCCAAUGGUGCUGGGGUAAAAAGCCAGCGGCCCUUCAGCCCCAGAGAGGCCUUGCGGUCCAGGGCCGUCAUCAAACCUAUCAUCGUUGAUAAGGAUGUGAAAAAAAUUAUGGGAGGAUCUGGAACUGAGGCCACAUUAGAGAAACAGCAAUCCACCUCCACCUCUGUUUGGCCAGGGCCAAACAAAGUGACAAGCAGCAUUACCAUCUACCCCUCUGACAGUGGCAGCCCCAGAGCCAACCCAGGCGAGGGCCUGCGGGAGAGGCACACCUCCACCAGCAACAUCCAGGUUGGGCCACCAGAGCUCACGUCAGUUAGCAACCACGUCAGCUCUCCCUUUGAGCUCUCCAUUCACAAACAUGACAUCACCCUGCAGUUUACAGAAGCUGAAGGAGCAGGAGAUGCGUCCCUGAAGAACAGGCCAGAAACAGUGGUCUCGCGGAGCAGCAUUAUCAUCAAGCCGUCGGAUCCUGUGGAGAGGAACAGCCAUGCACCCCCAGUGGAGACAAUCAGGUGGAAAAGCCAUAGUGCCCCUUCAGAAGUGGGCCCCUCAGAUGCCAGACAUGUCACUGUGCGGAAUGCCUGGAAGAGCAGGCGAGACUUGAACUCUUUAGAAGACCCCCUAACUCGAGCAGUUAAAAACGUGGAGCCCAGCAACGCCUACACCCAGAGGUCUUCCACAGACUGUUCAGACCUUGAACAGCCCAGGCCACACCUUUUUGAGCAGGGCGCUCGAAGGGUGGGAAAUUCGGGGGAAGCCCCUGAGCUCACCUCCAGAAGGACCCAAAGCAGCCUCACCGUGUCCGAGGUGCUCACUCGCCGGAAUCGGGUAGGAGAUGCCGUCCCGGCCGCAGCCUGGAACCACUCAGCUGGCAUGGAGGAAGGUGAUGAUUAUACACUCAGUGCCUGUAGGCGACUGCACAACUCUCUGGAACGGUCUGAACUGCCUGCGAAGCAGGGGCUGCCAGAGCCUGGGCAAGGACGGGCUGAGGAACGGUUACGGCCAACCAGGCCCUGUGCUGAGGAGAACUGAGCCAGCCGGCUGAGGUCUGCUGUCUCCUCUGCUCCUGCUCCUCAGCUCCUCCACCUUCCCGCCCUAUGAAGGAUCCAAGGUGUUACGUGGGCUAGACAGACACCAGGUCUUGGCUGGGAGACUGGAGCAGAGAGCCAGCUGUGGCUCAGGUCUUCUUUGCCAGUUGGCCAGAGGGGAUCAGAAACUACAAGCUGGACAUAGUCACCUGGGCCCAGCCUUCCCUGACGCAUGAGUCCUCUCUCCUUGUCCCUGUCCCCCAGGUAGGAUGGGUCAUUCUGGCCCCCAAACAGGGAAAGAUAUAGAAAGCCCUUGUAUCCCCACCACAUGACAGCAGCCAAAAGCUCUUCUCUGCUUCUUGGUGGGUUGUUCCCGUGUCAUAGGGCAGCCCCUUCUGUGUGGUUAAUGUUCUGAUUUCUUAGUCUCCUCACAGCAUCCACUUCAUUCCUCGUGUGUCCUAGGGGCCUAAGUACCCACUAAGACUUACCAGCCAUCAGCUCCCUCUAGGGGCCUCCAUUCUUUUUCCCUCUGGAGUUCCUCAGACUUUUAUGGCAGAAGAGGCCUGUGCUGCCUCUAAGGGAUUAUGGGACUACUCUUUAGGUUAAAGCUUCUCUGACCGGGCCCCCCGGCUGACCAUUGUUUCCUGGGGGCAGAGCACACGGGUACCCACCUAUUGGAAUGACAUCAUCCCUCUCCCAAGCCCCCAUCUCUCUGCUCACCUUCCAAAGGCACCUGGAAGUGCCCAAGCCUCGUGCAUCUCCUUCCCUGGGCACCAAUAAUGCUGCUGGCAUUGCCUGCUCCUGUCCUGUGGCGGGAGACUUCAGGCUGACUUCGUCAUUUCCAGCUUUGGAAUAUUCCCAGACUUAACUGGGCCUGACCCAGCAUACUCUGCCUUCUAGGAAGCGCCCAGCAAGGGGGAAAGUGGACAGGAGGAAGCGAUUUCCCUUUAGUCACUCCACAAAGCAAUAGCUCCACGAAAGGCAUGGACUUUGUUCCUCCUCCUCCGUGCCCCACGGAGGAGCUGUCGCACUUUACCAAGCUGAUGCAUUCCUACGGAAGUGGGCCCGUGAUGCCUGCAAACCAACUCUCAUGAUGAUGACUUCGUUGGAGGAAAAGGUAAUACAUGCCCACCGGGAGCCCCAGGUUAAUAUAGUUCAAAAUGUAGCAAACCUUUUAGAAAGCCACAUAAAUAAAAAUCGAUUCGUUUCCUUAUACCAUUCACAUGGGGAAGUUAAAAAAGAACCAUAUGUUCUUGGCACUGCUUUGUCUGUAGUUUCUCUCAGUUCAAAGGGAUCCCCUUUCAGCCACCACCUUUAGGAAGCAGACCCUCUUCCCUCAUAGAGCAUCAGGCUAGGAGUCAGGAAAGCGAAGUUUUCUCCAUGGCUUCGUUCUUUGCUGUGUGACCUUGGGCAAGUUGUUGUCCUCUCAGGGCCUCGAUUUCCCCAUCUGUAAAAUGUCUUCUUUGAAAUAGAUGGUCUCUUAGGGUCUUAAAUCUGGCCUUGUACGAUUCUUCUGUUUCCACCAUCCUGUGGGGGUGAUUCUUGCUUUUGGAAGGUAUCAUCCAAAUGGGUUUGGGGAACACGUCCUCCUCCCUGGCUUUGUUUUUCUAGGCCUUAUUCUUCCCAGUUUCCCCAUGCUCUAAUGCCACGAGGAUGAGCUCAGAGCAGCCUCCCCAGCCUCAUUUCUCCAGUCUGUGUAGUGAAGAGUUAGUUGCAAUGUUCUCUGCAGCCCGUUUUGGCACCAGCCUUGCCCAAUGCCACACAGCAUCUCCUGGCUUUCAGGCCAGGUGCUUUCCAUAACGUACGCCGGUGUGUCUCCUGUUCCUGCGCUUCCCGAGUUGUCUUCUCUGCCUCCACUCAGUGUGGGAACCAGCGGUCGUCUUGUCCUCGUCUGCAUCAGACGUGGCGAUCCUGGAGGAGGCUUGGGGGCACCUGCGUGACUUUUAGGGACAGGAAUGUUUUGCUCACACUUCCACUUUCCAGAGUCUUGCCAAUCUAAGGGCAUUGUCAUGUGGCUUGCCUUUCCUCCACACCGCUGCCUCAGAUACUCAGUCUAAGAUGCUGUUUUCAAAAUCUCUUCCUGCUGCUUCUCCUGGGUCACUGGCCAAAAUCUAGCUUGCUCAAGGCUGCAAGCGCUCACCUGCAGCCUACCUGUCAUUCUUCACUGGUUGGCAACCCUGAGAGUCCAAAGGAAACCAACCUCUGCGGUGGUCAACUGAGGGUACAGCAAACUACGUCUGUGGCUCAUCUCUGCUGAUGGAAACAGAAGGGUGCCAAGCCAUGCCUACAAAGAUCUCGCCAAUAAUGCUCGCCCUCGGGCGUUGGAGCCCUGGAUUCUGGUGCUGUAGCUCCUGGUGCCAAAGUCUGGAUCUUUCCACAUUUCAGCACCACCACCAUCUACCACUACCCAAAAUGCUCUGUGGAAGAGGACAGCUGUAGUACCCUCUUGCUGGGGCUGCUAUCUUAAAAUCUGAGUGCAAUAGGGUUUGCUUGUAACAAUUGUUUCAGGAUAAAUAUUUUAUUUGUUAAUCUGCACACUUUCUAGAACCGCUGUAAAAUAGAUUUUAUUUUUAAAUGUCCUCAGCAUUGCAGGAAAUACCAUUUGUAAUAGCAAGUGGAGGCUGGAGGUUCAGUUCCUCUGGCCUUCAAAUGGCUGGCAAGGCUGGCUCUCAAAUUCCAAAGUUGGAAGGCACAUUUCUAAAAAGCAACCUAGGUGUGACCAUCUGGACCCAGGCCUCACCAUCAGGGGUCCUGGAGGGAAUGUCCAAAUAAAGGAGAGACCUGGUAUUUGAACAGUUGUCUAAUCAAGCCAAAUGUCCCCACUGUCCCAGGCAGCAAACCCACUUCAUGACAGACCUCUUCUGCAGCUCGGCUCUCACUCAGUUUUCCUGGCAGGCGUCCAGCUGCGGGAGGCUUCCGAGUGAGGCUGGGGAACCUGGCUCUCCAGGGCUGCUUGGGCGGAGGAAGCAGAGCUGCCUAAGUGCCAGGAGCUGGUCUGUCCCACCUGCUGCCGCCUGUCUCUCACCACUUGGAUACCGAAACCAACCAGAGAAAGCUGCAGCCAUGGUGGGCCAAGCAGCCGUGGCUGUUUCUGCUUUUGAGGGGCACUGGAGCAGUUGCAGUGUGGGUUAAAAGGGUUUGCAGUGGGGCCAGGGACUCCAGCCUCAGCCCCAGGCAAGCGUGCACAUAAAUCAUCCCCCUCAUGGAGUGCAGGAGUCGGUGUUGAUCUUGGACUUGUCAUCCUGGGGCAGUUUUAGUUCUUUCCAUUUAGCGGGUUAGUGCCAAGUGCUACCACUUCCCAGUAAAGGAACAGGGACCCUGCGUCUGGGUCCCUAGCUGCCUUUGCUGGUGUGGGGUUUUCUGUUGUUACUCUGACAAGACUGCUUUGGAAGAGCUGCUUUUAGGCAUUAUCUUUUGAAUACCCCCAGUGGGGACCAGGGUUCUCCUCAAAGCCUCACAACCAAGAUCAUAGGAAAGGGGCCCUAUUUUCCUGCUGCUUCACAGCUCAGAACAUGUACUGAAUGGAAUGUAUUUUUAAGAGAAUAAAGUCUAUUUUUUUGUAUUUUAAAGAUUGGGAGGGCUAGGGAAGUAGCCCUCACACUGUUAUUGCAUUAUAGGCCCCUUUGCUAGGGGACAUCAGUAUCUGCCGGUCCACACCUACUUGCUCAGGCAGGUGCUCUGGUCUCACUCCUGCCCCUUGGAGUCUAGGUGCAGCAGCUUCUACAUUCCUGCUCCAAGCAUGGGACCAAGGAGGCCAGACCCUGUCCCUGGAACCAGGGCAAAGCCCUGCGUGGUGACUCAGGACUCCUUGGGUGCAUGUGUGGAGCUGGAGCUGCCUGUCUGCAUGUGUCCUCUGGCUCUAAUGCUGUCUGUCGGCUCUGCAGCACAAUAUGUAACCAAUAAAGCGCCCUCGUUCCCA